GGCUCGUGCAGAUCCGCCUCAUUGCGAGCACGAUGUCCGUUGCAUCUUUGGGCUUCGGUCGGCAGACCUGGUUGCACAACUCCGACCGGAUCCAUUGCAUCCGUGGGAGAAGGCACCUCCGAAACUUCACCUCUGUGGCGUAGCGUGGGCAGAUCUGAAAGCAUCCCCGGUGGUUCAAGGGCCGAUGCCUGCUUCAUCCGAGGCAGUUGUGGCACGCAGCGCUCAGCUCUUCGCACGAGCGUGCUGUGCUUCAGUGCUGGUGUCCAUGGUUGCAGCAGCAUGCUUGGCUGCAAUUGCAUGCGCGUCCCUUGAGGUCCGCAGGUUGCUGGAGUGCCUGUCCCUUGCCCUCCUGUUUGCCCACGUCUUCCUAACCUGCGGAAUGCUUCUGGCUUUGUCCACCUGGUGCUCCGUCUGGAUGAAGCCAUGGAUCGCGCAAGUCCUGUUCGUGACGACCGGGGGCGAAGCCGCGAUUUGGCCACACCACCUAGAGGUCUUGCCUGGGCCUGCUGGGGGCUGCUUCAGCUUAGCAGGAUUGCUGAGCUUCGCGGCCGGAUUGCUGCUCAUUGGCGGGCAGGAGACGGUAGACGCGGCCAAGAUCCAGAUUGCGGCCGAUGUGACGGUCCUGGAGCCCAAGCCCCACGAGCCUGAAAGGCCACGGCCGAGCCAGGACAAGCUUCUCCAGCUCGUGGUGCAACGACGCGGUGAUAUUGUUCGCAAACAGCGGCGAUGGGCCGAUACCCUACUCGUCGGAUGUGCGGGUUGCUUUGCAUUGCUUCUCCUUUCUAGCCUUUGGAUUGUUGGUCAAAAGGCGGUCGAUCUCGGGGUGAAGGAUGCCUUGAACAAGCCAACUUGGAGACGGGGCAGGCAUCCGGGCGGCGUUCCGUGGCGCUCCGAGGAUUACCGAGAGGCUUGGCGUGAUGUGAAGGCUGCCAGCAUCUGCACAGGCAUUCGCACUGCCAUCAAGAUCGAUGACUUUCGCAAAUCGGUGCAGCAACACGCAGAUGAAACCGCUCAGCAGCUGAAGAAGCGCUUCCGAAGUGCACACGAGCCCAAUGGCCAAGACGACUGUGUACAGCUGGUCGGCUGUCUGGAGCUGCACGAACAGGGGAACUGUGUAGCCGAAUCUUCAAAGGUGUUCGCGGGUUUCAGGGGUGAGGAGGUGCAGUUUACGGGGAAGUGCCUACUGGAUUGGCAAGAGGCAGCAGACGUGGUUGAGCAGUGCAAAGACUUGCGACGGAAUAUCUCAAUGCUCAUCAAGGAGGACGUGUCCGAGCUAGAGACCACUGUCGAGCUGGGCUGUCAGUUCUUCGUGAAGGCAUUGAUUCCGGACACCAGCUGCAUCUUGGUGGAUGUAGGUCUUAACUUUCGGCUUGAGAUGCCACUGGCCGAUGCAGAAGCAUUCUUAGAAGACAAGGAGACACAUCUUCGCAACGGCUUGGAGUUGAAAAGCAAGCAGGUUGCCAAAGUGAAGGCCGGGAGGGUCCCAACAUGA